UGUGGCCUGACAGGUCUGAUGGGAAUGCAGAGUCACUCAGAGAGAGAGAGAGAGCGAGAGAGAGAAACAGAGAGAGAAAGAAAGAGGCAGAGAGGUUGCUGAUAGACCGAAGAGCCUGUCAUCCAGGUGGAGUUAGGAGCAGUCAGGCUGUAAUUAAGACAAUGACACAGUUGUGUUGAGCUUGGGACUGGAUUUCACCUGAUCAUUUCACAGGCGGACUGGAAACCUCUGCCCUGUGGACUCCCACUAAUACCAGACUUGACAGAGUGGAAUUUCCCCCCUUUUCCCUGGCUGGAGCCAGGGGCAGAUGGUCGCACAGAGUCUGAGCAGAACUCAGGAAGGAGCAGUGAGAGGAAGGGAGGGAGGAGGUCCGGAGAGGGAGAGGAAGAGAACCGAGGAGUGGACAGAAGAGGAGACAUGCUUCGCUACGGUUCAGGGCGAACUGUUUCCACCACCACCACAACAGAGGACUCUCUAGAUUCUUCAAGUGAGAGGAGGACCAGGCGCCUCAGGUUAACUCUACAUGCAGGAGAUAAUGGACACACAGAGACGAAAACCACAAACUCAGACACAGCUGAGAAAGAGAAGGAUGUCAAUGGGGCAUUGAAGAAGAAGAAUGGGCUGAUUCAAAGAGAGAGGCCAGCUGGCAGGGAAUCCCCUCAGCAGCACCUCAGCGACAUGACCAAUGGGGCUCUAGAGACCGCACAGGAGAAUCAUGGGCCCAAAGUGUACGGCGUGGUGCAGAGGACGGGUUCGGACAGACAGCAGGAGGUGAUGGCGCGAGAGUGGACGGUCAAUCACCUUCAGGACGAGAUGAAGUACAUCAAGGAGGUGAGAGAUUCGUUGGAGAAGGUGAGAGAGCGGAUGUACGGGCAGUUCGGAGGAAUGCAGCAAUCGAUGCAAAAGCUUUCACAGGAUAUUAAGGAUGCCAAUUCACAUCAGAGGAGUCUGGAGUCAGAGGUGAGGAUCCGGACCACGGCCAUGGAAAGCUUCGAUCAGAUGAACAGCUCCCUUAUAUCUGCUAACAUCGGCCUGCAGUUUCCUCUGCAGAAAUCUGUUCUGGAGAACUGUCAGAAAAGAGUGGACACGAGAGACGAGGUGAAAAGUUUGCGGAGCACCUGUGAGAAAACACAAGAAAAGCUCAGAGAUAAGGAGGAAGAGCUGGAAGCCACGCAGAUUGAAAACCAGAGUCUGAGACUGCAGGUGGAGGCUGCACGGGAGGCCAACAAUCAGGCGCUGGAGGAGCUCUCAGCAAAGCUACAGCAGGAGUACAAGGAGAAGCUGCAAGAGGAGCAACGGAAACACAGGGAGGAGAUUGAAAACCUACAGGCCCAACUCGAUGAGUACAUCAGGCGACUGGAGGAAGCAGAAAGCAACAUCAGAAUUGCAGAGGCUAAGAUUGCUGAGAGGGACCAGAGGAUUAUUGAAGUGGAGCGCCUAUUGGACUGUAUGGGAAAGGAAAAGAGUCAACUCCAGAAGAAGCUGCAGGAACUUGAACAGCGGCUCCGCUUGGUGGAGCUGAAUGACACAACUGAUGGAACUACAGUCAAAAGGUCCAAAGAGCUGCAAUCUGAAUCUGUGGACCUCCGUGAAAGAAUCAAACACUUGAACGACAUGGUGUUCUGCCAGCAGAGAAAAGUCAAAGGAAUGAUCGAGGAGGUUGAAUCACUGCGAGCUCAAGUAGCUCAGAAGGACAUGUUCAUCUCAGAGCUUCUGGACAGAAUCGCGAUAGUGGAGUGUGAGAAUAAUGAAUUAGAAGACAAGCUGAAGUAUUUUAUGUCCACACAGAAUAGACCACGAGAGGUUUUGGAAAUAAGGGAGAUAGGAGUAGGCUGCGAUCUGCUCCCCAGACGUGAAGCACAAAGGCAUGAUGUUGAACUUCCUGUUCUGUAUGAACCAACUCAUCUUCAUCCCAUACAACACCAUCCACCUGUUCCACCACCACCACCACCACCAAUGAAACCACCCACUCUACCUGUAUCACCCACUCUACCUUCAUCCCCAACACAACCUCUAUCUCCCACUCUACCUGCAUCCCCAACACAACUGCUAUCACCCACUCCACCUGUAUCACCCACUCUACUUGUAUCACCCACUCCACCUGUACCACCCACUCCACCUGUACCACCCACUCUACCUUCAUCCCCAACACAACCUCUAUCACCCACUCUACCUUCAUCCCCAACACAAAUGCUAUCACCCACUCCACCUGUAUCACCCGCUCUACCUGUACCACCCACUCUACCUGUACCACCCACCCUUCCUUCAUUCCUAAUACAACCUCUGUCCUCAACUCAACCUUCAUCCCCUAGCUCUCACGUUCAACAUCCAUUUCAUUAUCUAACAAUGCCCACCCAACCAAGGACGUACACAUCUAUUAACCCCCCACCAAGCAGACUGGAGUCCAGUUUACUGAGAUACACUCCUGUCCAGUACAGCCGUUUCCUGCAGCACAACCCCUCACUAUCGACGUUCUCCUACACCCGCCCAUCUGGUUCUGAACCUACUGUGAGUCCAGUCCAGUCAGGCAGAGAUGAGGUUGACGCAGAAACAAACACAGACACACGAUCGAGUCCUGAGGAAUUCUCUUCUAUGCUCUUUUAUCAACCAAGAACAAGAGCCCCUCAAGUUGAUACACCGUUCAUGAAACUUCUGGAAAUAACCAAAAAGAUUGAGUGAUCUUGAAGGAAUAGUUCGACAUUUUGCUUAGCAUAAAGAAUAAAAACAGAAGGAAAGAGCUAGCCCGCCGCAGGUGUUGUUCAAAAACAAACAAAGUGAAAUUUAGCCUGAGCGAUCGCAUCGAAGCCUCUAAGCUUGUUUGGGUUCUAAACCGUUUUGUCAGGAACGAUGAGGGUUUGAUGACAUUAGAAAACGCAGCUUUGAACUCACUUGCUAGCUGCAACCCAAGUGGCAGUGAAUGCCUCAGGGAUGAGUGGAUCUACAGUGCAACCUCAUGCACUUUUCACUACUUUUCACCAACCUCGUCAGAAGUUUGUAAAAAGACAGAUAAAAUAACAAGAUUUCAUACAACGAAGGAUAUGCUACCCAAUGGUAAUGUUUCGGGUCAAGAUGUUCAGGAUAAUGACAGAGCUGAAGUUCCAAAUCUCACAAGACACAUAGCGGGGCUGCAUUACACGAUACACAAAUUGGCUAAAACUUUUAAACUGAUGGUCCUACUUCCUAAAGCUGGUGAGGAAGGGUAACUGAAGUGUAUCGCCAAUUCUCCAUAUUACAGGGGUUAUGGGGGGGACUGUAGAGACGUGAGUCACUGAUGCCAGUCAAGAAAUAGUCUGGUCCAGAAACCCCCAUCAAAUGGCAAAUACACGUGCUGGUAGAUUAAUUUAGAUACAUGUUUCCAGUCUUUAUCGCCGCUAAACAAUAUGCAGCUGCAGUUAUCUUAGCAUGAAGCUAAUCUGUACAUCUUGACUGUCCAGUUAUAUGUUUCUGUAGUUCAAGUGCAGUUACAUUUACCAUCGUCAGAGGUAUCGAUCUUUUCCUCUAAAGUAACCAAAGAAGCGUAAUUCCUAAAAUGUUGAAUGAAUCCUUUAAAAUCAUUUGUCUUUAUUCUUAUUUUCACUGUGAGUUA